AUGGCUAAAGAAAUUGAAGAAUAUUUUGUGAAAAGACUUUAAUCAUACUUAUUAGAAUACUUACAAGAUUUCUCCCAAAAUAAUAUGGCUAAAGUAUAAAAUUAAGCUCAAUAUAUAAUAGUUUUCUUUGGGAAUUUCAUCAAACAUCAUCCUAAAGAAUUUGUAAAUCAAGAAAUAAGCUUUACUGAAUUUUUCAUUCCCUAUGUAUAUCAUUGAUGGAAAGAUAAAUUCAAUAACUAUAAAUGUAUUAAGUAAUACUAUUCUAGAUGCCUUUGAACUAUAAAUCCUAAUAGCCAGAAAUGAUAAUUGAAGGGAUAGACUUGUAAGUGUGCACAAUUUAAGAAGCCAACUAAUUUGUUUCGAAUAAAGAAUAGCAAUCAUAAUAAGGAGUAGAGAAUUUGAAAAAGCACAAAUUAAAAAUUUGGGAGGAAUAAAUGGCAAAAUAUUUUGAAUAAUUAUCUCCACCCAAUUGGAUACAAAAGAUAGUUGAUGGAAUUUACAAUAAUAUGUCAGUUUAGGUGAAAUCAUUCUUCUUAAGAUUUUAUAAUUUCUCAAUUUUUGGUUACGAGACUUAAUUAAAAAUAAAGGCAGAUAUCAAUAUAAAGGCUACUGACAAAUAGUUUCAGCAAAAAUUUAAUAGCGAUUUAAAUUGCAUCUACAAAUUAAUAGAAAUUAAGAAACUUGGGAUCACUUAUUUGAAAAUUCCAAAGAAGAAGGAAGAAUAGCAUUUAUUGAGUUCUAUUGAUAUUACAGUAAAAUUAACUAUGUACAAGAAUUAAGAAGAGUUGUCUUAACCUAUUUAAAGCAUUGAGGUUACAGUUGAUAACCCUAUCAUCUUUUAAAUCAAUAAGGAAUCAAAGAAUUAUUUAGUGAAAUUAAAUGAAGUACUAUAAAAUUUAGAAAUUGUUUAAGAUAAUUUCCAUUUCCGCCCAAAAUGCGAAGUCAAAGCUAAUUAUUCUGAAUGGUGGAAAUACUUGAUCAAUGCUGUAAUGCAAAAUCAGAAGAAUCACAAAUUGGACUUAGGUUACAGUUCAAGAAGAUUAGUAUUAAUGAAGAGAUACAUUGAAUUGUAUAAGAGGAAACAGACUAUAAUAUUAGUUCCUUGGUUAACAAGUUGGACUAUAUAAGAUGAAACCAAAUUUAAGAAAUGCGAGGAGCAAAUGUCUCUGAAGGAUUUAUUAAAAUACAGGGAAUGGGCAUUCUAAGAGAUUAGAAUUGAAGCCAAACGGUAUUAUCAUUCUUCAAAAGAUGGAUAAAAUCAAUAGAGUGUAAAACCUGUAUUGGAAAUAUGGACAAAUACCAUAAAUAAUCAGAAUUCUUUUAAAGAUUAGAAAAAAAGGGAUGAUGACAUUCCUAUUGAAUUGGAGGAUGAUGAAAAAAUUAAUUUAUAUGAAAUUCUUGAGAGAGAUAAAACAUAAGUACUUUCUAGUUAUUUAAAAGGCUAAAACAACGAUCCUGAUUAAGUUAAAACUUGGAUUUCAAUUAAUAUUCAUUCCAUUUUUUUGAUAAUCUUAGAAAAUCGUCCUCCAAAUGUUGCUGCUUAUUGUCCUAAAAAUACAAAAAUAUUUUCUUCUUGUUAAUGCAAAAGAUGCAUUCAAUUAAUUAAAAGACCAUAAUUAGAUAAAAAAAAGAGUUCAUAGUUUAGUCAAAGUUACUCAAUAUCAGAAGUCAUUAAACAAACUUAGAAGGGUAAUGAUGAAGGAUCUUUUCAUACUGCUAAAGAGAUAGAUAGUUUUUUUGAAGAUAUGGAAGAUCUUAAUAAAGAUGACUCUUAAUCUUCUCUUGUAUCAAGUUAAGAUUAAAAAAAUAACAAUUCUUUAACCAAAUAUAAUCUGGAAUCAAAUAAAAGUAAUAAGCUAAUCCUCAUUAUGAGUAUGAUAGGAAUUAAAAUACCUAUUUCUAUUUAUUAAAAUGGAAGAAUCAAAACUAAUGAGAAGGAUGGUAAGGCAAUCAUUGUUGGAGAAAUCAAGAUGUUAUCGCCAGGAAUGAUGCCAAAAUUAAUGGAGGAAACAGUAGAUUCCGAUGAUCAAGCAGAUAGAUAGUCUCCCUUAUUUGAAAGAAAAAAUAAUAAAUGGGAGGAUUCAAAAUCACAUCAAAAAUAAUUCUAGUAAACUAGAAGCUUUACGAGGGCAAAGUUAUCUGAAUUUGUCAAUGAUAUAUUUGAAGUAUCCGUGACAAAAGAUUAGUAAUAUUUUUCAAGUAGUGAAAUAUGUUUUUAGACUUUAUGUGAAUUUUUGGUUCAGAAUCAAAUGAAUAAUAUAAAAUGUUUUUUGAUUGAUUAUGAAAAUGAUAAACAUGCAUUUCAAGAUUUUGCCUAAGAUUAAUUUAAAAGCUAUGACAAAUACUUCAUUUAUAAUGACAAAGAGGAGAGAGAUGAAAUUGAUGACUCUAUGUUAUUGCAUGUCAUUAAACACUAGAAAAACGAAAACAGAUGGGCAUUAUUAAAGUAAGCCGCAAUGCAAAAUUAAGAUAAGUAAAACCAAGCAAUGGGGGAAAAUGAAUAAUAUUGGCAAACUUGUUCAAACAAACAUAGAUUCUUACAAGAGGUUCAUAAUAAAUUAAUUGAUAUUAUUAAGAAAUCUUUAUUUGCAUCAUUUAUCGAAGAAUUUGGAGAUAAGAUAUUCCCAUUGUGUAUCAUUAAUCUUAAAGAUAAAUUGACCUAUUCAACUGAAAGCACAGCUCACAAUUUAGUAAUAUCACUAUAUCUAGAAGGUCAAAAGUCAGAAUAUAAAAUAUCUCCAAAUAGUGACAAAAGGAAGAAGAUUUCAACUCAACAAUCCAUGGAUGAGUAAUCCAAUCAACAUAUAACUAUUCAUUUUCAAAGAUUUUCACUUUUCCUUUCUACUAAAAGUUUGAUCUCCUUAUUAGAUUUUUCUAAAGGCUUAGAUUCUAGGUUGAUGAAUCAAAGAUAAUUUUAUGUCUCACAAGAUCAUAAACUAUUAGAAUGCAUCUUAAAGUCGAAGCCAUUAGCAUAGGAGCAUUAUAAAAUGCAUUAGAUCAAAUUUUUAGCCUAAUUAUAAGAUAAACUAAAGGUUAGAAUUGUAUCUGAUUAAAUAUCAAAUUUAAUUAAAACUGAAUUAAAGUUUUAGAUCAAAAGCAUGACUUUUACAACUACAAAAAUUGAUGAUUUAUUCUCUCUUGUAUAAAAUAAGAAUGAGUAAACUCUUUUUCAACAACACUACAAAUUUUACUCAGCAUUAAAGCUGUCUAUUGCUUAAUUUAAAAUAGCUCAUAAAUAUUACUCACCUGAUUAUAAGGCCAAAAAUGAGGAACUUAAAUCGUAUGAAAAAGAGUACCAUUAAGAUGAUAAAAAAACUCCAUUGUCCAAUAUCAAAUAGCCUAUCAGUAAAUAAAAUACCAAUUAACCAUCUGAAUAAUUUUCAAAAUAAACUUCCAAGAGUAUUGAUGUUAGAUAGCUUUACAAAACUGCUAAGCAGCCUUCUUAAGCACAACCGUAAUAAUAAAACUAGUCGUAACCUAAAAAGCCAAGAGAUAGUAAAUUUCACAUCAAAGGAAUAAAAUAAACUAUUCUAAAAACCUAAAUAGUUGCACUUUAAUUAAUGUCUAAUAUUGAAAAUCAUGCAUUACUUACUGACCAGAAAUUAUACAUCUAAAUACCCUCAUUUAAUUUAAAAAUCAAUGAUUCAUUCACAUGUUUUAUAGAAUUCCUUUUGAUCUUAAAAAACAAUGUCGAAUUUUCCACUCUACCUCUACAAAAGACAAGAAUAGGGUAGGACAGUCUAUUAAAGGCAGAACUAGACACUUUAUUUCAUGAUCACAAAGAACAAAGUUCUGAUUGUAAACAUUGUAUACUCAAAUACAGGAAAACUAUUAAGUUGCUAAAUAUUCUAUUUGGAAGAAUAGAAAAUAUGAAUAAUUCAGCUUCCAUUAAUUCGUGGUUUCACAUAUUAAAUUAAGAAUGUUCAAAGUUUGGCAAAUUGGAAGAUCUUCAACCUACAAAAAAAGGGCAAGGAAUAAAAAUUACAUUCUAAAGUACUCCCAAAGGAACAAAUCAUGGAUAUUACAAAUCAAUUAUUGCAUUCCCAAUUUUUAUUAUUACUAGGGAUGUCGGAUAUUUUAAAGAUAAUCUUAUGAUUCAUUGCUCAGCCUCUAAGUUCAAAGACAAUGGAGCCAUAGUCAGAAGCGUCUAAAAGUUAGAUUAGGAAAUUGACAGCUCAGGAAACUAAUUUGAAAAACCCAAUUCGGGAGAUAACUUAUUUUCAAGGUUUCGACCUCCUUCUAAAAGGGAUUCUGGCUAAUCUAAUAUACCUGAAAGGCUGAGGAGGGAAACAAAUUAUAUUUUGAUUGACCCUGGGUAUAAGGUAAAGGAUCAACAAUCCUUUUGGUAAAAGCUUGAUGAUAAAUUCAUCUUCUAUUGCAGAAACAAUGAAAAAGAAAUGUUUAAGUCUGAAAUAAGUCUUUAGGAUCUAGAUGAUAAAUAAGGUGACAUUAUUUUAUAAUCAGAUGAAAAUCUUAUCAAACCCCCUGAUCAAUCUCUUUAUAUUUUGUUGUACUACAAUAAACCAAUAAGAAGUGAAUUAAUUUAAAGCAGAGAUAUUUAUUACAGAAAUGACAAAAGUUCAAAAGUGAAAGUAUUUUUCUCUUUGUAAACUAUCAAGGCUGUUUUUUAAAAUUAAUAUGCUGCUUGCAACAUAUUAACUACUUUUAAGAAUAUCAAUAAGAUUUCAUCAAUUAUCCAAAAAGUACAUGACAAUGUUUAUUAUUUUACCAGUAUUGAUGACUAAGUUUUAAGUAAUAAAUUAAAAGAAACACCUAUUAAGCUCUUAGAUGAUAUGAUAGUUUCAGCUAGUAUUCAAUAAAUAUAUUUAAAAUCCAACGAAUCCUUUUUUAAAUUACAGAUGCUAAAGAUUAUGCUAAAUCUAGAAUUAUUGAAUGUAGUCCUAAAUCCCAUUAAAACAAGUGUGCAUAACAAAAAUUCUAGUCUUGCUAUGCUAGAAAGUCAUUCGAAGUUAAAAACAAACUAAACUUAAGUAUUUUAAUUUGAUGAUUUACUUAUUAUGAAAUGCCAUUCCAUUAUGUUUAGCUUCAAUUAAGUUAGUAUUGUGGACAUGAGAUUACUUCAUAUUUCAAAAUUAUCGGAUGCAUUAUAGUUUUAAGUUGAGGACAUUUCAAUAAGUAUUAUUAAUAAUAAUACAAAACAGAGAGAAAAUUUAUUAACUAUGCCAAAGAAGGACAAACAAUCAAGUAAUAAAUCAAAUUUCCAGUAAGAGAAUAAUAGAAAGGUUGAUAAGCCUGUUGCAAUAUCAAUAACUCUAGAAUUUCAAAAUCUGAACCCAAAAAUUAAUUUGUAAAUUUAAUAAGGCUAAAUCUUAUUAUCCUAAAAGAGAGUAUAAGAUUUGCUUAUUGCGAUUAAUAGUUUUUAUCUAAUCAAUAUUGAGGAAUCUAUUUCACUAAGACAGCAUUUAAUAAAAUAUAUCUUUUUAUAAGAAUUAGAAAUUUUAGGAUUGGAGCAACCUUAAAUUGUAAAUUUGUAUCUGAAAGACGACAGAUCUAAUUAAUCGGCACUCAACUUAUUCUUAGAUCUUAAAAUUGAAGACUUGUAGAUAUCCCUAUAAGAAAAGGAGAGUGACUUUUUUGAAUUGAAUUUCUUUUAGAUUUAAAUGAAAAAGAGAUUUAAUCAAGAGUUAGAACUUUCAAUCAAAUAAAUUGAAUUAAAGCCUUAAUAUUGCAAGGGGGAGUAUGGACAAUACCCAAAUUUAAUUUAAUAAAAUGGUUAAAAUGAAAUGAAAAUAUCUUUGGAGAACAAUAUCAUUCAUAUUGAAAAUAUCUAAUUUUAUAUGAUAUCAAGAUAUCUAAAUGAGUUAUAUGCAUUUAAAUUAUAAAUCGAAAGAAUAUUGGAAAAAAAUAAAUAAGAUUUGGCUGAACGCUAUUAAAAUGACUUUGAACUCUAAUUGCAAUUAAAACAAUAAGAAAAUUUUGAGUUAAAUAAAGAAUAAUUCAAUUAUUAAAUUUUGAUUAAAAAUUCUUAGAUUAUUAUUCCACAAUCCUCUUCAGAUAAAAAUCUAAUUAAAAUAAUGUUUGAUUAAGCAGACUUAAAGAUUAGAAAAGGCAAGAUAUUCUCAAAAAUACCAGAUAUAUUUGAUUAGAAGACUGACAUUAUAAAUUAAAAAUUAUUGAUUGAUUACGAAGAUAAAUUUUCAAAAACAAUUGAUAAUAAAUUGGAAUUGUAGGAUAUCUUUGUUACUGAAAUAAAAGGUAAUAUUCUUUUUGUUAGAGUUGAUUAUGAAAUCAGUGGUCAAUCCAAUGACUCAUCACUCAUUAAAGGAAAUUUGUUAAAUGCAGGUAAUUUUAGAUUUUAUUAUCUUUUAGAAAGCUUUGAUGUUGAAAUGUAUGUGCCUUCAUUUGAACAGCUUUUGGGAUUGAGUGGUUGGCAAUAUAAAGAUAAUCUUAAGAUAAUACCAAAAAAACUAAAAAUGAAGCUAGAUUUUGGAAAACUAUUAAAGAUCCAAAGUUAUAUUGAUCAAAAUUUUUCAGAAAAGUCUCCACUAUUUGAAUUUUAGAUAUCUCAACUACAAAAAAUUAGUUUUGAUGUAUAUCUAGAAUAUAAAUGAUAGCUAAAUAUAUUGUCAAUGGAAGCAUCUUUAACACGAUAUAGUUAGAUGGAAAAGGAUUAAGCUGAAAAACUAAACAAUAUUAGAUAAUAUAAUCAAUAUAAUCGAAAAAAAACUAUUCAUUAAGACAAACAAUCUGCCAAAUAACAUUAUCCAAAGAAUUGA